GUAAAAUAAAUGAAAGGCAGAUAUUGAGUAAAAACCAUAAAGGUAUUGAAGAGAUGUGGUUCUUUAGAGGAUUCAAGUUACUGGACUGAGAGAAUUUUUGUAUAAAGAAGGCAAGCUGAUCUCUGUCAGUUUUGGAGCAGCUCCAACUGUGCAGCUAAUGUUUAGUUCUCAAAUGACGAAAUCCACGGCUGAGAAGUUCACAGGUCACAUUUUACAAGCAUUUGAAUCUGUCCUCGGAACAUCUGUAACGAUAGAAAUUAGAUGCGAGUCAACUAGAGAUGCAGGCUCAGCUGUUCAACUUCCUCUUACAUUGUCUGCUACUGAUGAUAGUUCGUCACACAUUAGAGAAUUAAGUGGUGUUGGUGUCGGUGUCGCUCAAGCUCAUCCAAGGGGUGAAAUCAUAGAAGAAGCAGCUUCUCCAGCAGAGCACAAGAAUGAUGCACAGCAAGUUGAUGCUCAUGCAACAUCUUACAGAAGUGUAGAAGGUUCAAGUAUAGGGCAAGCAUCAGCUUCCCAAAGAAAUCCAAUAGUUAAGUCUCACUUGGACUGCAAAAAGCUUAGGGAAAACUCCUACGAGUGCUUUAUCUAUGUCGAAUGAAGUAUAUCUGUGUUGGUCUGGAAAACUCCUUUGCCUUUCAACAUCUUAAGAAAUUAGAAAUAUAUGGAUGUGAAAAGGUUGAGGUAAUCUUUCCUGUUUCUGCUCUGCGAUACCUACCCGAAUUGGAGCGACUAGAGAUAACAGAAUGCCAAGCCUUAAAGCAAAUCAUUGAAGAGGAUGUGGAGAGUAAAAGGUGGUCGAAUCGUUUUCAUCCGCAGCCAUGCUUCCCGAAACUAGCUGCACUUUUUGUCAACAAUUGUCACAACUUAAAACGUCUGUUUUGAGUGUCUGCAUCAAAUGAUCUUCCCAAUCUAAAGUUGCUCAUCAUAUGGGGUGCCAGUGAGCUGGAAGCACUGAUCAGUGACAAGAAAAGAAAGGCGAAAAUUGAGCUACCAAAGCUUAAGCUUGCAGUGCUAACCUAUCUAUCCAGUCUUUGCCAAGAGAUUGAAUUGCCCAGUCUAAUGCUUCGUGUUGUCCAUGAUUGUCCAAAACUCUCUUUGACUUCAUCAUUUCCUACGCUUGAGGAGUUUGAAGGAAAACUUUCUGAAUUGAACAAAGAUUUGAAAAUUGAUGAGUUUUAUAGGUGGAAGUUAGUUAAGAUGGUAGGUGAAAUUAUUAAAUCAGAUAGCAGAGUUGAGGAUCCUACUAAGGAAGUCACUACAUACUUUCCAGUUGGCGCUGAAGAUGAAACCAGAAGCACUAUGGAAAUUCAUCAGAGUAUUAGGAGAGACAUUGGAGAAGGAGCUACUUCACAUAAUGGCAAGACAGUAACCCUCUCAAAUCAUUUACAAUCAGCUAGAUCAAAGUCAGACCAGUCAGUUAAUUCUCGGCAUAAAUCAUAUUCACAUCCAACAAAUAAAAAUAAUGAGCAUCGUCCUGUAAUUGUUAGAGAUUCCAAGUAUGAUAUUCCCAUCAGUUUAGUCCAAAUAGGGGAGGAAGACAAUAAUGACCCAAAAUUUGCACCUUUUGUUUCUGUUCUCGCAGAAAAACAUCCUGUCACCGAUGAUAAUUUGGUGGAGAAGGUCGUUGCCGAUGUAGAAGAAUCUCUAAAGAUGCCUCUGAAGGACAUAGCUAGUUCUGAGGCUAACUGUCUUCGCCUUCUAACUGCUCUUAAAUUCUUGUCUCACCUUCCUUUAGAAGAUGAAACCCUAUCAAGUGGACUUAAAACAGUCAUAGACUCCUUACACCAAGAAUUUCCAAGCAUUCUAUGGUCCUUUAAACAAGCCUUUGCUGCCACGCAUAGAUUUGCAGUGCUUGAAGAAAAGAAGAGAUGCAUUAUGGAAGAGCUGAGUCAUCAAAACGAGAAAGCCUAUGAGAUGCAAGAAACUGUGAAGGAAGGAAUCAUAAGGCUGGGGAAAGAAAUAGAAGACUGUGAAGCUGAACCGUCAUCUCUUGAAGAGGAAAAGAAGCAAUGCAUUUUCAAAAGUACAAGGGUGAAAAAGGAAUCUGAGAGUGUGAGGAGAGACAUUCCCCAAAUGGUGUGGAAUAUCAAAGAAAAGCUAAGCAGCAAUUAUUUGAGGUCAAUUAUAAAUGGUCAGCUUUGUGUAGUCAAUUUCAGCUUAACCACAUGGUUGCCAGAAGACCCUCUUAAGGAUUCUUCAUGAUCAUUUAUUUCUGCUUUUAUUUUCUUUGUGAAUUUUCCAAAUGUAUAUUCCUCCUUUAUUACUGUACUUAGUAUCAUUUUUUUUUAUAACUACUGAUUUGGUGUAAUGCUUGUUGUUUGAAGUCAAGUACACUUCCCAAUGGUUUGAAUAAUCCAAAACUUUCACUUGUAAUGGUCUUC